AUAUAUCUGGAUUAUUCCUCUCUUGUGAUUCGUGGCGAUCCACCCCGCCAGGAAACCGUUUCCACCGACCUCUUACUCACGGAUAGCUCGAGAACAAAAUUUUCCUUCCUUACAUUUUCGCCUCAUAAUCGGAGAGAGAAAUCAAAAUCUCGAUUCAUCGAUCUCUCCAGAUUUGCUGCCUUUUGUCCAGCGGGGAUCGGGUUCACAAUCGACUGAAAUCAAAAGCUUGGAGUUGGAAGAGGGUACUCUUUACUCACGGACAGCGCGAGAACAAAAUUUUCCACUUCCCCACAUUUUCGCCUCAUAAUCGGAGAGAGAAAUCAAAAUCUCGAAUCAUAGAUCUCUACAGAUUUUCCGCCUUUGGUCUAGCGGGAUCGUGUUCACAAUCGACUGAAAUCAAAAGCUUGGACUUGGAAGAGGCUACUACUCUCCAUGAAAAUUGCAGCGCUAGUGAUGGAAAGAAUGGAAGAAGCAGCAAGGCAGACAGACCGCUAAAAGCAUCUUCGGUUGUUAUUAUUCCAGGAGGGACGCCAGCCAGAUUUGCACUUCUAGUGUCUGACACAAGAGCUAGGUCUUCAAGCCAACAUUCAUGGUUCAGAAGUGCUCUCAUAAUAUCAACAAUACUGAGAUCUACUGCAUCCGGUCGAUUGAAAGGAUAUGAAACAGUUAGGGAAGAGCAUCAGAAGAACAAAUCUGAAAGAUUGAAUUCUGAAAAUUGGUGGGGGAUAUAUACGUACCAGAGAGAAAUCACAUUAAAGAACUGCACUGAAUAUUGAAGCGUAGAGAUGGAUAGAGGAGAGCCCAUCGACAUCGAGAGCGAUGGAAUGUUUUCGAAGGGAAGGCUGGAAAGGAAUGGGUCGGGGAUAUCGGAUGAUAUGAUUAUUCGAGAGCCUCUCCUUAAGAAGAGAACGAACACGACCUCCCAGAUUGCCAUUGUUGGUGCCAAUGUUUGUCCCAUCGAAAGCCUUGAUUACGAGAUUGUUGAAAAUGACUUAUUUAAGCAGGAUUGGAGAUCAAGGAAGAAGAUUCAGAUAUUUCAGUACGUUGUCCUCAAGUGGACUCUUGCACUUCUUAUUGGGUUGGCUACAGGACUUGUUGGGUUCUUCAAUAACCUUGGGGUUGAAAAUAUUGCUGGUUUCAAAUUACUACUUACAAACGAUCUCAUGCUCAAGGAUAGAUACUUCAAGGCGUUUUUAGCAUUCGCAGGAUGCAACUUGGGUUUGGCAGUUGCUGCAGCUGUUUUGUGUGCUUAUAUUGCCCCUGCAGCAGCAGGUUCUGGUAUACCUGAAGUGAAAGCUUAUCUUAAUGGUGUGGAUGCCUAUUCCAUAUUGGCUCCAAGUACUCUCUUUGUAAAGAUUUUUGGCUCAGUUCUUGGAGUUUCAGCUGGAUUUGUUGUAGGAAAAGAGGGGCCUAUGGUUCACACAGGGGCCUGCAUAGCCAAUUUACUUGGCCAGGGGGGUUCCCGCAAGUACCAUUUGACUUGGAGAUGGCUUAGAUACUUCAAAAAUGACCGUGAUCGAAGGGACUUGAUCACUUGUGGUGCAGCUGCUGGAGUUGCAGCUGCUUUCCGUGCCCCAGUUGGUGGGGUCCUUUUUGCCCUCGAAGAGGCAGCUUCAUGGUGGCGUAGUGCUCUUCUUUGGAGAACAUUUUUCACAACUGCCGUAGUUGCUGUGGUCUUGAGAGCUCUCAUAGAAUAUUGCUGGAGUGGAAAAUGUGGGUUAUUUGGGCAGGGAGGACUGAUCAUGUUUGAUGUUAGUUCGGCCAUAAGCACUUAUAGCACACAAGAUGUACUAGCAGUAUUAAUUCUAGGAAUCAUUGGAGGGAUUUUUGGAAGCCUCUACAACUAUUUUGUGGACAAGGUCCUCCGAACUUACAGUAUCAUCAAUGAGAGAGGUGCUUCCUUCAAAAUCCUCCUUGUCAUCACCAUCUCUCUCUUGACUUCAUGUUGUUCAUUUGGCCUCCCAUGGCUUGCCAAGUGCACCCCAUGUCCCACUGACCCGAAGAAGCAAUGCCCCACCAUAGGUCGCUCAGGCAACUACAAGAGCUUCCAGUGCUCAGAAGGUCACUACAAUGACCUUGCUUCCCUCUUCCUCAACACCAAUGAUGAUGCUAUCCGUAACCUAUUCAGCUCAGGCACUGAGGAGGAAUUUUCCCUGUACAGCUUAUUCAUCUUCUUCGUCGCAAUAUACUGCCUCGGCAUAGUCACCUAUGGCAUUGCUGUCCCUGCAGGACUCUUCAUCCCAGUAAUACUUGCUGGAGCCUCCUAUGGCCGACUUGUUGGAACCCUCAUUGGCUCCAUAUCUGACCUUGAUGUCGGUCUCUUUGCUCUCCUUGGAGCAGCCUCCUUCCUUGGUGGAACCAUGAGGAUGACAGUUUCCCUCUGUGUCAUACUACUGGAGCUCACUAACGAUCUAUUAAUGCUUCCUUUGGUGAUGCUUGUUCUUCUUAUCUCGAAAACAGUUGCUGAUAAUUUCAACAAGGGCGUUUAUGACCAGAUCGUCAAAAUGAAAGGUUUGCCUUUUAUGGAGUCCCAUGCAGAGCCUUACAUGAGGCACUUGGUUGCAGGGGAUGUUGUAUCAGGUCCACUGAUCACUUUCAAUGGAGUGGAGAAGGUGGGAAACAUAUUACACGCUUUGAAGACGACUGGACACAAUGGUUUCCCUGUAAUUGAUGAGCCACCUAUCUCAGAAGCACCAGAGUUGUGUGGACUGGUGCUAAGGUCUCAUUUGCUUGUGUUACUCAAGGGGAAGAAGUUCUCGAGUGAGAGGGUGUUGACAGGAGAUGAAGUAUUGCAGAGGUUCGAUGCAUUUGAUUUUGCCAAGGCAGGAUCAGGGAAGGGGGUGAAGCUGGAAGAUCUGCACAUCGAGGAGGACGAGAUGGAGUUGUACGUGGAUCUUCAUCCAAUUACUAAUGCAUCUCCAUACACAGUGGUAGAAACAAUGUCCCUAGCCAAAGCUGCACUUCUUUUCCGGGAGCUUGGCCUCAGGCAUUUGUGUGUGGUGCCAAAGACUCCAGGGAGGCCCCCAAUUGUUGGAAUUCUGACACGACAUGAUUUCACGCCAGAACAUAUUUUGGGCAUCUACCCUAAUCUCAAAGCCCAGAAAUAGAGAAAACAAGUGGACAACUGGUUUGAUUAUUCAUUCUUUAUCUUUCUUUUUAUGAUUGUAUUGUUAUUAUAGCCGUUGUGAUGAUAAUCAUUCUCGUUUUUAGUAGUCUCAUUAUUUCUUUGGAUUGUUUGUAAAACAUUUUGUUUUGUUAGAGUGGAGAAAGGAAUUUCAGUGUAGAAACUGAGACCAGUAUUUCAAGUAAAAGUUUGUUCCUUAGAUGUA